AUGGCCAUACUACUUCCCGUACACUCAGGAUCCAGUUCUUACGCCGAAUACAACCCCGCGACCCCCUCGUCUCUACGCGUCGCAUCCACUCCGCGCUCAUCUGGUGUGGCCACAGCGUCCACUGUGUCCCCCAGAUAUGGUACACGAGCCGUUGCUGGGAGCAAGCGGAAGGUCGUGUCGGACGAAGAUUGGGAAGACGAGCAGGGCGUCCAGAAGAGACCAAAGGUCGAGCCGGACGUUCAAGACCUACUGCCUCGCUUUGGGGCACUCCCGUCCAGCAGCGGAAGUUCGAAAGACGCGUGGGCAUCAACAGAAGACGCCACCCAAAUGGCUGAAAACAUGCACCCACAGGAGGAGAGUGCGGAGCGAUCAGCGGGCGUGGCAGACAACCAUGUCAAUCUCGGGAUAUCUGAUGAGGGCGAGGAGCUCGAGGACUGGAUACAGUCGUUCCUCAAGGUCCCGGAAGUACGCGCGAUACUUUUGGAGUCUAGGAGCUCUUUACCAAACGACCUCCUUGAAGAAACACCUGUGGACCCGUGCCUCCUCGGUUCUAUGCCUGACGAGGUGGAACAGUUCUUUCUGGAUGCGUGUGAGGAAUCGACACCUCCAGAGCUAGUGGCACCCCAGGUGGUACGUCCACGCCCCCGACAGCCCCGAUGUGGAUUCGAAUUUUCGACCCCGCUUUGGAAGCAAGCUUGCCAGGCUCGGGCAAAUAUCAUGCUCGAUAUAUUUGGUGCGGCCUCUUUGUGUCACGAGGCUGCGAGCGAGGCUGCGGCGGGAUCUUCUUCGCCGCAGGUCUGCAGCCAUCAAUGGUGGGAAGCUCAAGACGACUACCCGGUCGACACCAAGAACGAAGGCGGCGAGAAGGAUGCUCCGUAUGAGAGCAGCGACGACGACGAAACGACAGAGGAUGAAAGCAGCACAGAAGACAGCACCGAGGAUGAAAAGGGUUCAGAGGACAGCACUGACGACGAAGGCGACGAGGAGGACAGCGCGGAUGCCCAACAGGCGCAGAUCGACACGCCGUUAGACUUUGCGCCGGAUGUCACGGUGUCUGACGACGGGAACACGGCGUUCGACGAGGACACGGCGUUCGCCGAUGACCACACGGCGUUCGACGAAGAGGAGACGUCCUCGGUCUUACCGUCGGUAUCGGUGUCGCUGGACCAACCGCCAGAGUCCUUCUCAGUGUUUGACAGUUUGGUGCAGGUCUAUACCGCGCGUUGUCGCCUUCCCCCGCUGUCGAUGAUCCCUCUACCACAGCUGAGGGAGUACCCCGAGCUUGUCCUGCGUGGCACAGCGCACAACAUAGAAAAGGAACCCUUGUGA